GUGACAUUUUGGAGUAGACUGCGGGAAGAGACAAGAUGGAGGUCACCUGAAUGUAAGCCACGUUUGGAAAGGAAUGGACUUUAAUGUUUUUACACCUUUUCUUGAUCACUUUUUUGUUGAGGACUGCUUGAGAACUGUUGGCGCGCGCUGAGCUGGUGUUAUCUUCGGUUCCAGACGAGUGUUUUGUUGUCGUGUGGAGUGAGCUAGCCACAUUAGCUUAGCUUGCCGGGGCUGCAUAGAGGGACUAUCUUUUGGAUCUCCAGCCAACGACGAGAGCGGAGGACGCUGUAGACAGGGUUACCACCCGUCCCUUAAAAUACGGAAUCAUCAUUUAUUUGACAAUUAAUUGUUGCGUAUUGAAUCAGUACGGGACGCAAAUUUUUCGUAUUUUCAUAAAUGCCCCGUACACGUCUGUCACACACUCAUCAAAACUGUUUAAUGAACAAAAUAAAACACAGGAAAUAUUAGGGCAGCCAGUUUCUUCCAUGUAGGACCUAUGUAGCGAGGACCCGCGAGGUCCAGCGGAUAGAUCUCAGAGUUCUCUGCGUACCCAGUCCUGCCCGGUCAUGUCUCUGGUUGCCUGGUUACAGACACUGCUGCACCCGCACAUCUAAAAAUGUCUGUAAGCGAAACUCCACCACAUUCAAAGAAGCAAGAACAUUUUCUAAAUUGCAGACGUGAUUGGGAAGACUGGAACCCCUGGCAGUGUUCUUUGGAAUUGGUACAGUUUUUGCAACUAUCCAUGCCUGUGGCCAUGUAUUUUUGGUACAACAUAAAUUAACUAUAUGAGCGAUCGCUGGAGAUCACUUAUAUAGACAUUGGACAAUCAGGGUCUGUCUCUCACUGGACAGCAGCUGCACCGCUGUGUCCACCUGGAUCCAGUUUAGUUUGAUGGAACCAAGUGAACGAUGUGAGGAGCAGAAAGUCUCUGAGGUCAAACAGCAGCAGAGUUUCAAAUGUGGCUUUGUUUCUGUUUCCAGAGGACUUAGGACCUUCACUGAAGCCCCGAUGCACUGAUCCAGGGAGACGCAGACUCUUCCAACUGGUUACCGACAGACAAACACACACACACACACACACACACACACACACACACACACACACACACACCACCAUGUUUACGCACCGUCCUUCCCACCUCUCUUCUCUCCUCCCUCUUCUUCCUCCUCCUCCUCGCUUUCUCCCAUCCCUCCCUCCCUCUUUCCACCCUCCUCUCCCUCCUCCUCUUCCUCCUCCUCCUCCUCGCUUUCUCCCAUCCCUCCCUCCCUCUUUCCACCCUCCUCUCCCUCCUCCUCUUCCUCCUCCUCCUCCUCGCUUUCUCCCAUCCCUCCCUCCCAUCCCUCCCUCCCUCUUUCCACCCUCCUCUCCCUCCUCCUCUUACUCCUCCUCCUCCUCGCUUUCUCCUAUCCCUCCCUCCCUCUUUACACCCUCCUCUCCCUCCUCCUCUUCUUCCUCCUCCUCCUCGCUCUCCCCCAUCACUCCCUCCCUCUUUCCACCCUCCUCUCCCUCUUCCUCCAGCUCCUUUUCCUCCUCCUGCUCCUCUUGUCUUUGUUCUCCUGACCCACAUCCUUCUCCUUUACCACUGACCGGCUGGACUUGCAGGAUCACAGAUGAGGACGACCUCAAGAUCUUCUUUCGCAGGGUGCCCUCACUGUCCUCCCUGUAUUCUCCCAUUUCUUCCUGCUCCCUUCCUCCUUCUCCUCUUCCACAGGUUUCUCCAGUACCGGCAGAUGGGAGUCGGACCUGUUGGAUCUCCACGGAGGAGAACAACAUUUCUCUUCAGAGGUCACCCUCAAUCUCCUCCUCUUGCUCCUCCUCUUGCUCCUCCUGCUGUUCUACCUGUUGCUCUUCUUGUUGCUUCUGCUGUUCUCCCUGCAAUUGCAACUCCCCCUGCAUGUCUUCCUCCCUCCCUGCCAUCUGCUCUCCUCCCUCCUCUCUUCUAACACCUGUCCUCAUGUUUCUCCUCCUCAGCCCCCGCAGGUCUCCAAGCCUGCUUUGGCUACUCGGGCUCCUGUCGAGCCUCGUGCUCCGGCAGCGGGUCCAAGUAGUCCAAAGUGGGUGAGGAACCUGCGGGCCCUCAUGGAGGAGUGCAACAGGCAGCGUGGCUGCCUGACAGGUAAGAGAGGUGCUGGGCCUCCAGGAGGCCAACCUCCAGGUAAGAGGUCUUGCACUUAGACUCUUACAUUUAAUAUAGUUUCAUUCUAGUUUUUAGGUUUUAAAGUUUUACUGAAUGUGAUUUAUGUUGGAUGUGAUCUGACCAGAUUUUAUUUGAAUGAUCCUGUUGUGAUGAUGUCUGGUUGAUCUAUUCCAACUUUAUUUGAAUAAAUUUAAAUUGAUUAUCUAUUGUUUGUGGCCCUGUGAUGGACUGGUGAGUUGUCCAGGGUGUCUCUGCCUUCGCCAGGAGUCAACUGGGAAAGACUCCAGCCCUGCGUGACCCUACAGAGGAUCAAGCGGAGUGUAGAGGAUGGAUGGAUGGAUGGAUGGAUGGAUGGAUGGAUGGAUGGAUGGAUGUGUUCUGUGUGAUUCCAGCUGAACUCUGUCCUUCUCAGUGGGACUCAGGUCAGGGUGCCUUUCAGUGGUGUGGGUGGAUCUGGGGGGAAUAGCGCCCUCACAGUGAAGCUCCGCUCUGUCUAAAGGUGAGAAGGAUGCAGACAGCAUGUCAUGGAGGUUCGUUAAAAGGACUACAUGUUACAAUCCCUGGUGUUUGCACCACUUCUGAUUCGGCAGUUCUUGAUGGCUGCUAUGAGGUUUUACCAGCGGGACACAUCGUCAGUUGUGCACCUCAGCAUCACAGGGUGUUUCGGCCAAUUAUCACAAUACACCCUCUGCUGAGGCAGGCCCACCACAGGUUGAUCAAGCCUGGGUGUGUGUCCCAAGGUUAGCUGUUCCUCUUAGCAGCCCAGGUGGUGUCACUCCUCUUCAGCCACAGCCAAUGGCUCGUCCUCUCGGUGGUGCUGGCCAGCUCUUUGAUGGCUUUUCUGUGAGCCUGUCCCCUGACUCCGACCUCCCUAAGGAGUUGUGCUGUUGUGUUGGCUACAAAAACCCCUACUUCCCACCUCCACUGGGCACACCCUUAUCUUCCAGCCUCUGUCCUCUGCCUCAGCUGCUAGGUUGGAGUAGCACAGCUUCUUACGCUCAUACACUUCUUUGAUGGCGUCCCCCCAGGGAACUGUCAGUUCUAUGAUGUAGGCGAGCUGGUGGGAAUUAGACCAGAGGACCAGGUCUGGUUGCAGGGUAGUUGUUGCGAUCUCCAGAGGGAAAAUGACCCUCUGAUCUAGGUCGACUCGCAUAUGCCAGUCACUGGCUGCAUUCGGUGGGGUCAGAUCAGGGUUUGAGGGGCUAACCCUCGGCUUGUACCCCUCCCGAACAAACAAUGGUUGGUGUCGGCGAACAUUCUAGUUGUUGAGAGGUUGGGCGUUAAUGGAUACCCUCUUGCACUCGAGUUUAUCGGCUAGACCCCUGAGGAUCUGGUUGUGUCUCCACAUGCAUCUGCCUUGAGUGAGGCUUGUCCUACAGCCAACCAAGAUGUGCUUGAGUGUGGCAGGGGUUGUACACAGGGGGCAAGAUGGGGAGUAAUAUGUGUGUCUGCAUCCCACCCUGGACCCACAGUGGAGUCCACAGUGACAAGGACCAGAGUUCAGUGGAAUCACACUUUCGGGGGGGGAGAUUUCAUGGGCCGCUGCACAGCGGUGGCCUGUGACAACGUGAGUUUUAGGUUUACAUUUUAUAUUCAUAAUACAAGAAGUUUUUAAAUCUUCAAUAGGAGGUGAUAAAUGUUCUGACAUGUUCUCCCAUUGUUUUUUUCAGCUCCAAGUUCUGAUGACUCCGGGACUCAAACCUGAAAGAAGGAUGACCCCAAAGAUGAGACACAGCUCCAGCAAGGACAUGAAGACGAGGAACCGAGUCGACCAGAGACGACCCUAGAGACGACCACCAGCUUAUGAGACAACAGGACAACUUUAUAAGGAGCAGAAUGCACUGGAUGGAACAUCAAGGAGAGGAAAGUUGUUAAGAAGAACAGGAUGAUGGGAACCAGAUCCAGGACCAGUGCAUGACGUGAGACCACUCAACUAAUACAAGAGCUCUCUCUGCAAGACACCCAGUGAAACGAAGAAUCAGAUCAGGACAAGAAACUGGACAAGAGCAGCCCCAGCAUGUGAAUACAGACUAUGGAAGAGGGGAUGCUUGUUAUAGUGACACAAAAGGAGGAAGUCGAUGUACAAAGAGAAAAUCCCACACAGUCACAGAGAGAACAUGAAGAGGAAGAAGCAGAUGAGCAGCAGAAUCUAAGAAGACAAAGAAGUAGUUGGAGGAGCCUCCAGACAAUUAGCAACAGAAGAAACGUGUCCAAGAACAGGAAGAAGAAGACCAACAUCAAAGAGAGAAGAAGAAGAAACAGACCCAAGAAGAAGAAAGAAAAGCUCCAGAUUACUCCAAAGGUAUCUCUGGAUCUGGAGCUACACAUUUAGAUCUGCUUUUACUGGCCUCACCAACCUGCAAAGAAUUCAUGUUCUCUCCCUCCUCUGUACCCUCGUCCCAAACGGAGGUUUUUUUUUCAACUUACUGGCAACAGGAUGCUUGAUCUGAUCCAAAUGCAAUAAGAGAGAGUCUUAAAUAAACAGUCAAAACAAAAGAAUUGUAUCCAUUUUGUUUUGCAGAUUCAACGACUUUAUACAUUUUCACCGGUCAAAAAGUUGUGGCCGCCAGGGGGGCAUCGGUCAGAAUGCAGUACAAGGUGUUCCCUUUUUCUCCUUUAUUUCUUAACAGAGGUUACACAUAUGCAUCUCUAUGUGUGUAGUUCUAUAAACAAGAAACACAUGGAAAUAAGCCAACAAUAAGUAUACAAAAACUACAUAAACAUGGAACAGCAACUAUCAUCUUAAAUAUAAACAAAGAACAUUUUCAACCUACCGGUAAAUGUACGGCCACAAGGAAUCAUGACAAGCAACACCAAAUAUACGUCUGAACAGUCCCAGCAAACACUCUUCUGAAGCUUCUACGAACAUGAAAGCGAGUUCUUGUCUGCAGAGCAGCAGAGUGUAGUGGCCUCUGAUUGGCCAAUGUCUUAAUAGUCUGCCUAGCAGGCCUUUUUCAUCCUUUGUCACGUUUGUUUAGAAGUUUGACAUUAUGGACCGUUCCUGUAAUUUUAGGUUUUAAAGAACCUUAUUUUAUGGUUGGAAAAUUAUACUAGUCUACAAAUGUGUUUUCAAACCACUGGUUUCUUGACUGCACGGUGUUGUCAUCUAAACUAUACACCGCCUAACUUAUGUUUGAAAUGAAUUGCUGUUGUCUGUUUUUAAAAUUUCUUGGCAAUUUGUGUCUAUUAGAUUGUGUUAGUUUCAUGACACAAUUACAAAUAAAGACAUAAAAUGAAAUAUUA